UCCCCAUUGCUUAAGGCACAUUUUCAACCUGUCCAUGCACAAAAAAAACCUCCCAAUACGAUCUGCCUCCUAAAAUUCCUCUCUCUCUCUCUCUCUCUGCAGAGCUUUAGCUAUUGAUCUUGCUCUCUCAAAGUUAGUUAAAGCAGCAAACCCAAAUUCCUUCUGCUGCUCCUUGUUGGGUUCUCAGAUAGAUCCAUGGAGGGUGAAAAUAACUACACGGAUCUUCGAACAGCUUCUUUUUCAGUUUAUCUGAAUUCGGCACAAGAGAGCUUCGUGCAGAAGCUUGGCGAGUCGGCUCGGUUCUCUUCUCCUCCCAUCCCUUUGAGUGAGGAGGAUCACAUUCCGAAAGGCUUAGGGAAAGUCACGGCUAGAGAGGGUGAAAUCGGCAUCUUUGGUGCCGAAAAGUACUUCAACAUGGACAUAGAUGAAGACUCUGCUCCAACACUAGCGGAUGAUUACGCAAAGAAAUUCGGGUAUAAGAAAGAAAGUCAUCUUGAUCCUUAUCCUAGUAGCUUGAAGACCAAGUCUGGAACACCGAGUUUGAGCUCUGAGACGAGUUGGAACAGCCAUACUUCUUUCUUAAGAAGCUUUCAGAGGAUUCCAUAUCAGGGGAAGCAGAACAUCUCCAACGGGAGAAGCUUUUUUGCAGGACUUAGCUGCAACAAGUCUUGUUCAGAUAGGAAGUCCAUAUACGUCAGCAAAAACAUUCUGGGCAGAGGAAUCCGACGAGAGGCUAUCAGAAAAGAGAGUACAGAAAACGAGAACUUAUCCAUCAGAAAUAAGCAGUCUCAAUCUCAACCAACAUCUCAGGAUAAAAAUGAGUUGAGCUGCUCGAGUUUCGAAAAGGCCAGAAUGGGUCCAAAAAGAGAGGAGCACUUCGCUUUCCCAGUGCUUCAUGAUGGGUUGCAGAAACUGGCUGUCCAAAGACAAAUGAGAGAGGAGAUCAGAACCAAAGUAGAAGAAGAGCCCCGAAUCUCUCUCGAGGUAUUCGGCUCCCGCGCAAAGAAGAAAGGCGAUGCGGUGGUGAUGAACCUGGAGAGGAAACUAUCAAUUCUCACAUGGGAUGCCAUUCCAAAAGCCCAAAGCUUUCCGACUUCAUCCAAACGCAGCGAAGUAAACGAUGACAUGGAGAGCGAGGCAAGUUCUGAUCUAUUUGAGAUAGAAAACCUAUCUGGCACAAGUAGCGUGCCUCCAUUAUUCACUAGGCAAAUAUCCGAUGGCUUCUCUGGGUGCAUGACUCCCACCACUUUGUACGAGCCAAGUGAAGCCAGCAUCGAGUGGAGUGUUGUGACGGCCAGCGCAGCCGAUUUUUCAGUGGUCUCUGAUUAUGAUGGGAAGGAAGUUUCGCUUUCAUCUGGUUUCCAGGAUGCUAGUCUAGUCAAAACUGCUAAUGCUAAACUAAGCCAAGAGAAAUCAUCAACAGAAAAGCAGGGUCCGAAACCCCCAUUUAGCGGAGGUGGAUUAUUGGGGUGCAAGAGUCAUAAAGCAGUGAAAGUUGCUGAGACUGCACACAAGGCUAACGACAAACCAAAGAUCCCGCGGCCCCACCCGAGGUUGGAUGCCUCCAUGACAAUAAGGAAAAUUGCAAGCUGAGGCUAAGGUGAAAGACCUUGAUUUCUCGUAAGAGAGGUGAGGAGAGAACUGAGAAGCAUGAGUUUUUCUUUUCGUUGCUCUUUUCUUUUUCCUUGUAAACUUUUCCUAGCAUUUGAUGUCAAUAACAAUGAGGAGUGAUUAUCCUGAGAAUACGAUUGUGUUUGUUCUUUGAGGGAUUAUGUAAUACUUAUCCUUGAAAAAACAGGGCCCAUGUCUGGUGCCUUUAUGUCAUUUCAGAACAGAGCAGCUGAAUUAGCCUGUAAAAAUCAGGAUUUUGAUUUAGUUGGAGCUUUCUAGGCAAUUGUCUGAGAGUGUUUCUAGAGGACCUGGAUUGCUUGACCACCCUUGUCUGUUAAAUUUGUAAGUUCUGUUCA